AUGUCCUGCACAUCAGAAGAAAUAGCUGAAAAACGUCGAUUAGCUAUAGAACGUUUGAACGCACGUAAAAAGUGUAUUGGAAGUCAACAAACCAACAACAGUGUUAGCGUAGAUGGAAGCAGCGUUCAAGCGGUGCCGGCAACAGGAAUUAAUAGGACUCCACUCACCAUUAGUACGUUUUAUGAUGGAAACCAAUCUUCGUUCGGUAAGUCGAGCCCAUCGUUUCAUGCGAAACGUGGUCCAACGGCGUACCCGUACACGAAACCAAAUCAGAAAAACGGUCCCGCCAAGGUUGCGCCGAUUUUCGUACGUACGGUUACCUGCGCUUGUUCCAUCUUGUCGGAAAGUAGAUUUGUUGCCGAGUCAAAUGGUUACAACGAACAAAUGAUUGAAGUGUUCAAACAAAUUCCUUCCAAAAGUUAUGAAUCUUCCACGAGAAAGUGGACUUUUGAGUUUAAAGAUUACUCAAUGCUACAGGAACGGAUCACCGCUCUCCACCCGCAUGUUGCACUCGGGCCUAUUCCAAAGUUUGUUUUGCAAGAGUUUGUUAGUGGACCAAAGUCGAAACCAAAACGCGUUUGUCUGAAUGCAAUCGAACCUUCGCUCGUCGAAAGUUUACUGGAGUUCCAGAAGGAAGGCGUUGCUUUUGCCAUCGAUAAAGGAGGCCGUGUACUGAUUGCCGAUGACAUGGGUCUGGGAAAAACUUACCAAGCCAUUGCGGUGGCCGAUUUCUACCAGCAGGAUUGGCCUCUACUUGUAUGUACUACCGCCACAACGCGUGACAGCUGGGCGCACAAGAUCCGCCAGUUGCUUCCUCACAUUCCGGUACAUUCCAUAGCUGCGCUCAACAGUGGCCAGGAUUACAUAAACGAAUGUCGCGUACUCAUUUCGAGCUACUCCAUGAUGGAACGGUGCGGCGAGAAGCUGCUCGACCGUGGCUUCGGCAUGCUAAUCUUCGACGAAUCGCACACGUUGAAAAACUUCAAAGCAAAAUGUACAACCGUUGCGCUGGCGCUGGCCAAAAAGGCACGCCGGGUGGUGUUGCUUUCGGGAACGCCUGCUCUUUCCCGGCCGGUGGAACUUUUUACCCAGCUCCAAAUGCUUGAUGGCCGGUUCUGUAGCUUCAAGGAGUACAGCACGCGGUACUGUGCCGGAAAGCAAAGUAAUUUCGGUUGGGACGCAUCCGGACAGUCGAAUCUUGCCGAAUUAAAUCUUCUGCUGGGUCGUAAGUUCAUGAUCCGGCGUACGAAAGAAGAGGUCAUGUCGGAACUUACGGAGAAGAAUCGCGAAACGGUCGUGCUUGAUCCGUCGUACCUGUGGACGAACGAAGAGGUGGAGGGCAAUAUGAAUUCGUAUGCGAGCGAUUAUACGGCCAGCAAGGGACGGCAAAGGGAAGAGGCGCUCAUCAAAUAUUACAGUGUAACGGCGGAAGCCAAAGCACCGGCAGUGUGUGCGUAUCUGAAGCAGGUGCUAAAGGAGAAAAAGAAAUUUAUCGUGUUUGCCCACCAUCACGUCAUGCUCGAUGCCAUCGCGCAGUGCUUAGCGAAGCAGAAGGUGGAAUUUAUUCGAAUCGAUGGUUCCACACGAUCAGAUAUACGUGCAACGUUGGUGGAAAAGUUCCAAACUAAACAAUCCUGUCAUGCGGCGGUCCUUUCGCUGAAAGCAUGUAAUGCAGGCAUUACCCUAACCGCAGCACAGUUGGUAUUAUUUGCCGAGCUAGAUUGGAAUCCAAGUACAUUGGCACAAGCCGAAAGCCGUGCGCAUCGUAUCGGGCAAUCGGAUAAUGUUACCGUGCGCUACCUGUUGGCGAAGAAAACGGCCGACGACAUCAUCUGGACUAUGUUACAGCGCAAGCAGGAAACGCUCAGUCGGGUUGGACUUUGCAAUGAAGAUUUCUCCGACGCUUCCAGUGUGCAAGCACCGAGCGAUGCGGGCAAUAUAGAACCAUACCUUAACAAAUCACUCUCGCCAACCGCUGGGAACUCGAGGAAAGGAACACUUGACGGUUACAUACAGCGUUCCAGUCCUGCACCAUCGAAACCACCACAAAUUGGCGACGUAAAAAACGCGGACAGCUGCGCAAUACCCAACGAAAACACGUGCCUAACAAGCUUUCUCAAUCCGGACGAUGACGAUGAUGAUUUGGCCGGUUUGGAACUGUGA